AUGAGAAAGGGUAAAUCAACGACGGAUAACGCGUUUAACGACCUACUACAGUCCACUUACAAAGGCAAAAGCCUAACAGAUGAAAUAAAAACUUCAGAAGAUAAAUGGAAUCUACUACCGGCAUUUUUAAAAAUAAAAGGAUUAGUCAAACAACAUCUUGAUUCAUUUAAUUAUUUUGUAGAUGUUGAUUUAAGAAAAAUUUUAAAAGCAAAUGCACUUGUAUUAUCAGAUGUUGAUCCAGAUUUUUAUGUGAAAUAUCUUGAUAUAAGAGUUGGUCAUAAAUCUACUUCAUCUAUUGGUACAAAAGAAGUUAUAAUGCCACCACAUGAAUGUAGAUUAAGAGAUUUAACUUAUUCUGCUCCUAUAUAUGUUGAUGUUGAAUAUACAAGAGGAAGAAAAAUUAUAAGACAUAAUGAUUUAGAAAUUGGAAGAAUGCCAAUAAUGUUAAGAUCAAAUAAAUGUAUGUUAGAUGGAAUGAAUGAAAAAUUAAUGGCACAAGUUGAUGAAUGUCCUUUAGAUCCAGGUGGUUAUUUUAUUGUAAAUGGUACAGAAAAAGUUAUAUUAGUUCAAGAACAAUUAUCAAAAAAUAGAAUCAUUGUUGAAGCUGAUGAAAAAAAGGGAAUAGUUCAAGCUUCAGUAACUUCAUCUACUCAUGAAAGAAAAUCAAAAACUUAUGUAAUCACCAAAAAUGAUAAAAUUUAUUUAAAACAUAAUUCUAUUAGUGAAGAUAUACCGAUUGUUAUAGUAUUAAAAGCUGCUGGUAUAACGUCAGAUUUAGAAAUAUUACAAUUAGUCUGUGGAUCUGAUCCAAAUUAUCAAGAUUUAUUUGUUGUAAAUUUUGAAGAAGCUGCUAAACUUGAAGUAUUUACUCAACAACAAGCUUUAUUAUAUUUGGGAAAAAGAGUUAAAACUAUUAGAAGAGCAGGAGCACCAAAAUUAUCUCAAUUACAAGAAGGUAUAGAAGCUGUUGCAACUACUAUUAUUGCUCAUUUAACUGUAAGUGAUUUACAAUUUAGAGAAAAAGCUUUAUAUAUGGCAAUGAUGGCAAGACGUGUAAUUAUGGCUAUGCAUAAUCCGAAAAUGGUUGAUGAUAGAGAUUAUGUUGGUAAUAAAAGAUUAGAAUUAGCAGGACAAUUAAUGUCAUUAUUAUUUGAAGAUUUAUUUAAAAAAUUUAAUUCAGAUUUUAAAGCAAAUAUUGAUAAAAUUUUGAAAAAACCAAGUAGAACUUCAGAAUUUGAUGCUUUAUUAUCUAUAAAUAUACAUUCAAAUAAUAUAACUAUGGGAUUAAAUAGAGCAAUUUCAACGGGGAAUUGGUCUUUAAAACGUUUUAAAAUGGAAAGAGCAGGUGUAACACAUGUCUUGUCGAGGUUAUCAUAUAUUUCAGCAUUAGGUAUGAUGACUCGUAUAUCUUCACAAUUUGAAAAAUCAAGAAAAGUUUCUGGUCCAAGAGCUUUACAACCUUCACAAUUCGGUAUGCUUUGUACUGCAGAUACACCAGAAGGUGAAGCUUGUGGAUUAGUUAAAAAUUUAGCAUUAAUGACUCAUAUUACAACAGAUGAUGAAGAAGGUCCUAUUAAAAAGUUAUGUACAGUAUUAGGUUGUGAAUCAAUUUUUGGAUUAGAUUCUGGUACAUUACAUGUUGAAGGUAACUUCGGAAUUUAUCUUAAUGGUACUUUAUUAGGUACAACUAGAUUUCCAGUGAAAUUUGUAACUGAUUUUCGUCGAUUACGUCGAGCUGGGAAAGUUUCUGCAUUUGUUAGUAUAUAUACAAAUCCUCAUCAUCAAUCUGUUCAUAUUGCAACUGAUGGAGGUAGAAUUUGUCGACCUUUAAUAAUUGUUGAAAAUAAUCAAUCAAGAGUUAAAGCCUCGCAUUUAUCAAAAUUAUUAAAAGGAGAAUGGGAAUUUGAUGAUUUUUUAAAAGAAGGGUUAGUUGAAUAUUUAGAUGUUAAUGAAGAAAAUGAUCUGUUAAUUGCAUUAUAUGAAAAAGAUAUUGGUGAACAUCCAAAUGCUACUACUACUCAUCUUGAAAUUGAACCUUUUACUGUUUUAGGUGCUGUAGCUGGUUUAAUUCCUUAUCCUCAUCAUAAUCAAUCACCAAGAAAUACAUAUCAAUGUGCGAUGGGUAAACAAGCAAUUGGAGCUAUUGCAUAUAAUCAAUUCAGAAGAAUUGAUACAUUAUUAUAUUUUAUGGUAUAUCCACAAGAACCAAUGGUUAAAACAAAGACUAUAGAAUUAAUUAAUUAUGAUAAAUUACCUGCUGGACAAAAUGCUACAGUUGCUGUAAUGUCUUAUUCAGGCUAUGAUAUAGAGGAUGCUUUGGUGUUAAAUAAAUCUUCAUUAGAUAGAGGGUUUGGUCGAUGUCAAGUUGUGAGAAAAAAUACUGUACAAUUGAAAAAAUAUCCAAAUCAUACAAAAGAUAUUUUAUCAGGUAUGAGAGUAGAUGAAAAUAAUCAACCAAUUUUCCCACAUCAAGCUUUGGGACCAGAUGGUUUAGGUGAAGUUGGAAGUAAGAUUGAAAAUGGUCAAGUAUAUGCAAAUAAAUGUGUUCCAACAAAUGCGGGGGAGUCCUCUUUACAACAACCACCAGAGCAAACACAAGUGGAAACUCAUAGAGAAUCUGCUGCUUAUUAUAAAGGUGCAGAACCAUCAUAUGUUGAUCAAGUCAUGAUGUCGGUUAGUGAUAAUGAUCAAGCAUUAAUUAAAGUUUUACUUAGACAAACUAGACGUCCAGAAUUGGGUGAUAAAUUUUCUUCAAGACAUGGACAAAAGGGUGUUUGUGGUAUAAUUGUUCAACAAGAAGAUUUACCUUUUAAUGAUGAUGGUAUUUCACCUGAUAUAAUUAUGAAUCCUCAUGGUUUUCCAUCACGUAUGACUGUUGGUAAAAUGAUUGAAUUAAUAUCAGGAAAAGCAGGUGUUUUGAAUGGUACUUUAGAAUAUGGUACAUGUUUUGGUGGAUCAAAAUUAGAAGAUAUGUCAAAAAUUUUAGUUGAAAAAGGAUUUUCUUAUUCAGGAAAAGAUAUGUUAUAUUCUGGUAUUACUGGUGAAUGUUUACAAGCAUAUAUAUUUUUUGGUCCAAUUUAUUAUCAAAAAUUAAAACAUAUGGUAUUAGAUAAAAUGCAUGCAAGAGCAAGAGGUCCAAGAGCUGUUUUAACAAGACAACCUACAGAAGGUAGAUCAAGAGAUGGUGGUUUAAGGUUGGGGGAGAUGGAAAGAGAUUGUGUUAUUGCUUAUGGUGCUUCUCAAUUAUUAUUAGAAAGAUUAAUGAUUUCAUCAGAUGCUUUUGAAGUUGAUAUUUGUAAUAAAUGUGGAUUAAUGGGAUAUAAUUCUUGGUGUACAACUUGUAAGGGGAGUGAAAAUAUUAUAAAAAUGACUAUACCAUAUGCUGCGAAGUUGUUGUUUCAAGAAUUACUUUCAAUGAAUAUAGCUCCGAGAUUGAGAUUGGGUGGUGUGUUUUAG